AUUAAUCAAUCAACUGACUUUACCACACAAAAUAUUCGAUUUUGUUAUAUCUGGCAUUACUUUAUGAGCACAUACUUCUACUAAGCAACUCUGCUGAUUAUUAACAACCCUGUACGUAAACAUUUCUUGAAAGUUUGUCAGACGGCUGCAGGAUUUUUGGCGCGGUAAUUAUUGUCGCAAUUAAUUGGUUUACUGUUGCGUUGAUCGCGCAUAAUAUUUUACAAAACUUUAUCAUAUAGAACAUACAUUAUGUUUAAAAAAACUGUAAAAAAGAAAAGCAGCAACAGCGCCUUACCUAUUUCCAAUAGUAAGGUAACGGAAUCUAAAAAAGGUGUUAUAAAAAAAAUCUCUAGUAAAACUGCUGUAGAUUCAAAGAAAGACUCGCCGAAUGACAGAAAUACAUCGCCUGAAGGAAAUAAAUUGGUUAACACACACAGUUUAUCUACUCCAAGAAAAAGUGUCCGAAACAAUUUGGAAAAAACGAAGAAAAUAGCAGUUGAAGAAAAAAACAAAUCUGUUAAACAUAAAAGUUUAUCAACUCCAAGAAGAAGAAAUACUUCAGCACUGAGCUCCAAAAUAUAUAAAUCUAGGUCAACAUCACAAUUGUGCCAUACUCCAACAUCUACAAGAAUUAUUGAUUCGGUAUCGAACAUUAAUAAAAGGCAAAAUACAAGGAAAAAUUAUAAAAGUAUGCCAAAACUAACGUCAUCUACGAAAAAAACAAAACCAUCAGUUUCCGAUCAGACAAAAAAAUCAGCGAAUUCAAAACAUAAAUCAGUUGGAAACGGACUUACUGCAAAUAUAUUCAAGGACAAGUUUCAAGGUGACGAUCAACCAAAAAAUAACAUUACUGAGCCUCCAAAUAAACGCUUAAGUCCGAAAAAGUCAAAAGAUGAUCAAUAUUUAAACAAAAAUCAGACCAACACAAAAUUCAAUGGAUCGCAAAAUGUUUUAAGAAAUCGUAGGAAAUUAAAAAAUUCUAGUGCUGAGCUAGAUUUCAUUCCUGCCAGUAAUGAAACUUCUAACGAGGAUGUAAUAUUUGUUACUGAAAAUGGCAUAUCCAAAACUAAUGUUACUGGAGUACAGCACAAGAAUUUAAGUGAACUUCAAAAAAAUGUUUUGAAUAACGUUGAGUUUAAAGAUGUAAAUGAAAAUUUUAAUCUUAAUAAAAACUUUACUGGAAUUCAAUUUAAUGCAACAAAAAAAGAAAGCAAGAGAAGAGAGAAAACUAUAACAGAUCUAAGUUUUGACAACAAUGAAGCUUCUACCGAAGAUGUAAUAUUUGUUGAUGAAAACAUAGCUUGUAAAAGUGUCAUAUCUGUAACUGAUAAUACUGAGGCGCAAAAAAAUGUAAGCGAUUUUACUAAAGUUGACACAAAAAAAGAAUAUCACCAUUUAAAUGCUUACGAAGGUUUAAAAAUUGCUAUAAAAAGUCCUCUAAAAAAACCUAAAAAAUCAAGAACAGCAAGUGGUGAACCAGAUCUCAGUAUCAUAAACAAUAAAACGACUAUCGAAGACAUAAUAUUUUUCGAUGAGAAUAUAUCCUGUGGUAAUACCAUACCUAAGAUUAAUGUUAAUGUAGAUCAGUCAAACAGUUUAAGUGAAGUUUCAAACAGCAUUGAAUCAAAACAUGGUAGCGAUCAUUUGAAAGCUGCUUUUAUAGAUUUAAAUAAUCAGUGUUUAACGAUUACUGCAAAAAUUCCUCUAAAAAGUGAGGAAUUAAAAACAGCUAAUGCUGAAACGGACUAUAGUCUCAUCAACAAUGAAACUUCUAUUGAAGACCUAAUAUUUGUGGGUGAUAACAUUGCUUGCAAAAAUGUAUCUAAAACUGAUGUAAUAGGUGUAUUUUUAAACGAUAAAAAACAAGAACGCUCAAUUCAUGAACAGGAAUGUAACGAGCCAAUAGUAAAUAGUAACGUGUAUUGUACAGUAGCCAAAUUGGAUACUGAUUUAGAUGACGUGGAAUUUACUGGACACAUACAAUUGAUAAACGAGAAUCAGAAUUUUACAGAUUUCGUAUCUGUUGCAAAGUCUUCUUCGCCUAUCAGCAAUGAUAGUGCAAAAGGUUCAUCGAUAGCCAAUGACGAACAUUGUUUGCCAUAUAAAAGUGGUGAUUUACUGUGGGCUCAAAUAUAUAAUUACUGUUAUUGGCCUUGUAUCGCUUGCCCAGAUCCAGAUGGAAAUAUUAUUACGAACAUAAGUUCCAAAAAUUUUGUACAUGUUAUGUUUCUUGCUGAUAAUUGUCGAACAAAUAUGGCGAAAAAUGUUAUGCCAUAUGCAGGAUUAAAAUCCUAUAAAAAACUUGUCGAUGAUAUCGAGAAAACAGAAGGCAAAAAGGCAAUCCAAAAUAAAUGUAUGAUUCCGAAUCGAAAUAGAGAGCAAAAAUGGUAUGAAGCCGUUCGCGAAGCUACUAUUUUAACAAGAGUGGAUCAUUCGGAGCGUUUAGAAGUGCUUAAAGAGAUGUAUGAAAAUACACGAUUAAUAUCAAAAACCAAAAUGAAGCGACGAUUGACAAUGAUGGAAACAUAUGAUGGAGACUCACAAAUAAGAAGAGAUUCUAUAGAUGAUAUGAGUACGGAAAUGGUACCUCUAUCCAAGAGACAACGAUCAAUAUCACCAUUUAGUCCACAAUAUUCACCUAUAAAAGCGAUGCCAAAACGUACAAAACUAAGUCUAGGUGCUGAAUUAAGUAAAGAAGAACCGUCAGAUACUUGGAACUCUACCAACAGCUUAUGCCCUGAUAUUUUCGAAGACCCGAAUUUUAAAAAACUUCAACUUGCGUUGAAAGAAUUUACUACGGAAAGUAAUAUGAAUGAUAAACAUGACGAAAGUUUGCUUAUUUACGCAAAAAAAAUAUGGUCAUUAAAAUAUAUGAAUAAAGUCGAAUAUGAACAACAACUUUAUAAUAGUUAUAGUGCUUCUGAAUAUGGGUCAGUGUUGACCGACAUAGAAAACGAUGGGUCAUCGUCAUCAGUGAAACGCUUAUCAAAUAGGUUGAAACAUAUAGCCUUUCAACGUUUGUCAACGAACUUGAAUCAAAUGAAUACUAAACCGGUUAAUGAGUUAGUAGAGAGAGUACAAGAAGAAAGAGUAAAAAGAGAACCAACUCGUGCAAUAGAAGAAGUUAUUGACGAUUUGUACAAUUUAGAUCAAAAAUAUUUAUUUCGAGGAGUUGGAAAGUUUACAGUUUGUAAGUAUUGUUACAAAGGGGGUGAUAAUAUAAUAAAAUGUGCGAACUGUCGGUCCUGGAUUCAUGUAGAUUGCGCAACUAAUACUCGAAAAAAUAAUGAUGACAGUAAUGUUAGACGUUCAAUAACUCGUAGAAGAUCGCGAUCAAACAGCACAACAGAUUCGUCUCUAAACAUAAUUGCAUCAUCAAUUAAUAAAAAUGUAAAUACACAAAACAAUUUAGCUGUAUCCAGUCAGGAUGCCGUUAACGAUCUAAAUACUGCCAGCAAUGAUUAUCAUUUAAUUGAUUCAGAUGUAUUAAUUCAAAGCAAUCACGAACAAACAGCAAAUAAAAAUCAAAUCUGCUUUGAAUGUGCACAAAAUCCUGCCCCUAGAUGCUACGUGUGUAAAAAUUCUAAAUUACUUGAUUCGGAUGAAGAAACUUUGAUUUGUCAUGUACAGCAAUGUCUCCAAGCUUACCAUCCGUCAUGUUGCAGAUAUUGGCCACAAGCUAAAAUCCUCAAAUCUAAUGGCGUGAUUCAGUCAUUCAGAUGUCCAUCGCAUGUAUGUCACACAUGCGUUUCAGAUGAUCCAAGAGGAAAAUAUCAGCACUUGACCAAAAUAAUAAAAUGUAUUAGAUGUCCUAGCUCAUAUCACGUCAAUUCCCAUUGCAUUCCAGCUGGCUCUCAAAUACUCUCAUCAUCAUAUAUGAUAUGUCCAAGACACGAUAUAAGUAAAGCUGAUGCUAAAAUAAACGUAAAUUUUUGCUUUAUAUGUGUUGGUGCCGGAAAUCUUGUUUGUUGCGAAACUUGUCCAAUUGCGGUUCACCCAGAAUGCGCAAAUAUUGAGUUGAACACAAAAGAACCAUAUAUAUGCGAAGAAUGUGAGUCGGGACGGUUACCUCUUUAUGGCGAAAUGGUUUGGGCUAAGUUUAAUAAUUUUCGUUGGUGGCCAGCAGUUAUUUUAGCACCUACUGAAAUACCAAUGAACAUAAAGAAAAAGCCACAUAAUCCAUUAGACUUCGUUAUAAGAUUUUUUGGUACUCACGAUCAUUGUUGGAUAUCAAGGCGGCGUAUUUAUUUGUACAUGGAAGGCGAUGAUACUGCUCCAAUCAAGGGUAAAAAAGAAAUGGAUAAGAACUACGAACGAGGUGUAAAAGAAGCAAAGAGAAUAUUUGAAAUCUUAAAUUUAAAAAGAAUGUCUUUGUUAAAUAAAGGAACAAAUAAAUUAGAUCCUCAACCAUAUGAGAAAAUUAGAUCUAACCGUCUUGUUCCGCCUGUUAAAGUUCAAAGAAAUCUAGAAGAUAUUUUAGUAUGUGGGUGCACACCAGAUAUGCCACAUCCUUGCAGUCCUGAAGCAAAUUGCAUAAAUCGUUCAUUAUACAACGAGUGCUUACCAAAGUUAUGUCCAGCUGGUGAUCGUUGCGAAAAUCGAUGCUUGCAGUCAAAAAUAUACCCAAAAUUAGAAGUUAUACAUACAAAAAAUCGUGGUUUUGGACUAAUUUGUUUAGAACCAAUAAGUUUUGGUUCUUUUAUAAUAGAGUACGUUGGUGAAAUCAUAAAUGAAGACGAAUUUAAAGCGCGACUAUCUCAAAAAGCAAAUGACUUUGAUGAUAAUUUUUAUUAUCUAUCAUUGGAAAAAGAUCGAAUUAUUGAUGCUGGUCCUAAGGGAAACCUAGCCCGCUUUAUAAAUCACUCAUGCCAACCUAAUUGUGAGGCACAAAAGUGGUCUAUAAAUGGUAUUACUAGAAUUGGUUUAUUUGCUUUAGUGGAUAUCUUACCGAAGACGGAAUUGACGUUCAAUUAUAGCUGGAACCGCGUACUUGGCUCUGGUUCGAAGACUUGUUUCUGUGGGGCUCCAAAGUGUGCCGGUCAAAUUGGUUCAAAAUAUAUGGAAGACAAAACUAAGGUUCCUGAUGAUGAUCAACUUUCGCAAGCAAAAGUCACAACAAAACCAAAAGGUCGUCCACGUUCAAUAAAAACUAAUGAAAUAAAAGUUAAUUCGGCUAAACGGUCUGAUAAAAAAAAUUAAUUGCACUUAUUAUUGACAGUUAUUGAUUAUUAUCAUUCAAAAAUAUAUCUAAAAAUGUGUAAAUAACUGAAAUCGACCAUAACCAUUUUUACAACUCAUUUACAAAAGAAGAUAUAACACUAAUAAUCAUUCUGAUGAAUAUAUUUCAAAACGUGUAUUUUAUUUGGAAAAUUUUAUAUA